CAGGCCGCCACAAUGCGGCUCCUCCCCGUGCUCUGCCUGAUGCUUCUGAGCCCCGGCAUAGCCACCCUCCGCCGGUUCCGCUCCCGGGAGAUGAAGAAGGGAAAGGACCCUUCUGCUGGUGCUGCGACGGUUCCCAGCAACAAGGACUUCGCCUUCGACCUCUACCGAGCCUUGGCUUCUGCUGCCUCUGGCCAGAACAUCUUCUUCUCCCCCAUGAGCGUGUCCAUGAGCCUGGCCAUGCUCAGCCUGGGGGCUGGUUCCCAUAGUAAGAUGCAGAUCCUGGGGGCGCUGGGUCUUGGCCCGCAUGAGCCAGAGAACCAGCUCCACGAGGGCUUCCAGCAGCUGCUGCAGGGCCUCGGGCAGCCCAGAGAGGACUUCCAGCUGAGCCUCGGGAACGCCUUCUUCUCCGACCCGGCAGUGGGCGUCCUGGACAGCUUCCUGAACACCAUAAAGAAGCGGUACCUGGCCGACACUUUCCUCACGGACUUUGGGGACCCCACAGCAGCACAGAAGCAGAUCAAUGACUAUGUGUCAAGGCAAACCCAGGGCAAGAUCGUAGACUUGAUCCAAAACCUCGACAGCACCCACCUCAUGGUGAUGGUGAAUUAUGUCUUCUUUAAAGCUAAAUGGGAGACAGCCUUCAGCCGCAAGAGCACCCGCCAGCAGGACUUCCACGUGAGCCCGGGCGCAGCCGUGCAGGUGCCCAUGAUGAGCCGUGAGGAUGAGCACUACUAUUUCCUGGACCGGAACCUCUCCUGCUCGGUGGUGGGGGUCCCCUACCAGGGCAACGCCACUGCUCUCUUUGUUCUUCCCAGCGAGGGCAAGAUGCAGCAGGUGGAAAAUGGCCUGAGCCAGAAAACGCUGAGGAAGUGGCUUCAGCUCUUGACAAAGAGGCAGCUUAAGCUGUACAUCCCCAAGUUCUCCAUUGAGGGCUCCUAUCAGCUGGAGAAAAUCCUCCCUGCGCUGGGGAUCAGGGAUGUCUUCACAUCCCAUGCAGAUCUGUCUGGCAUCACCACCUACCCCAACAUCCAGCUGUCUGAGAUGAUACACAAGGCUGUGAUGGAGGUGGACGAGGCAGGAACCAGAGCAGCUGCAGCCACGGGGGUCAUGUUCAUGUUCAAAUCUGCCCGACCGACUGUUCCAAAGGUGAUCUUCAACCGGCCUUUUCUGAUAGUCAUCAUAAAGAGCAGUAACAUCUUGUUCCUAAGCAAAGUGGUCCACCCCUGAGGUGGCCCUUCUACUGACUUCUUAGGGAGCCACACGUGCUCCACCACCUCUCCAGAUAUCUGUUGGUAGCUAGUGAUUUGUGCAUGUUUAGGUGACAUAGAAGAUGUCACAGAUAAGAAGAUCAAUAUACUGAUGACUGGUUCCCCUCACACAGCUGCAAGGCAUGGGUGUCUUGGACAACCUGGGAGGUCACAUGUUCUUGCCCUCACCUUUCAUUAGUGAUUCACAUUAGUGAGGCCUAGAGAAACUGGUUAACUUGCCCAAGAACCCACAGCAUGUUCGUAGCAUAGUCAGGCCCACACUCCAAGCCAUCAGUGCUCAGUGCCGUGUGACAAAGCUCUCUAGCAGAGUGGUCCCAGGAGAUGAAGGUUACCAGGAAACACAUGUUUAAAUCUUGUCCCCCACCUGUCAGUAACUGUCAUGUGGUUUUAUUACACUUGAACAGAACACUGGCAUGAGGCUAUUCUGCCAGCCCUCCUCAGUUAUGGGACACUGGCAUAACAUUGCCCCUCUCUGGGGCCUUUGCUUCUCCAUGUACACAGCAAAGGACGGGGCACAGAGCCCAUCUGAGGACCCAUGAUACCGUUACAAAUGCUGGGCUGUUCCAUACCUAUCAUGGAUGGCCUCCGCAGUCUGUGGAUAGUCAUGCGGGCAUCAGAGUGGAAGUGUCCCGAUGCAGGAAGUCACCAUGUCGUGGAUAAGGUUGUCAUCUCACAGAGCUGGCUGGCGUGGGACAGUGGAGUUCUGUUGCAAGCAGUAGCAUAUCAGUCAUAAACUAACCUUCAGAAUUUUAUGUUGGCAAUAGUAAUA